AUGGUUCGCUACCGAAUGAGGAGUCCCAGUGAGCGUCCACACCAGGGGCCUGGGCAAGAACAUGGACGAGAAGAGCAGGAGCAGGGGCAAGAGCUUAGCCCCGAGCGUGUGGACAAUUAUGGGAGGACACACAGGGGUCACCACCACCACAGACACCGGCGCUGCUCUCGGAGGAGGCUAUACCGGAUCCACAGGAGGCGCCGGUCAUGCAGGAGGCGAAGGAGACGCUCCUGCCGCCACAGGAGGCGGCAUCGCAGAGGCUGCAGAAGAUCCCGAAGGAGGAGGAGAUGCAGGUGCAGGAGGUGUAGGAGGCACCAUUAAGCCUCCCCAGGCCCAUCCAUCCUGCCUGGAGCCAAGGAAGUCACCUGCCCAACAAAUGGUCACCUGCCCAAACAACGUCACAUGAGGCCACGCCACCAUUCCACGUUGAUGUCUGAGCCCUGAGCUGCCAAGGAGCCACGAGAUCUGAGUAAUGAGCAAAGCCACCUGCCAAAUAAAGCUUGACACG